GUGACCCCGGAACUGAUUCUGGGAGGCCGGGACGACAAGAUGGCAGCGCGAGCAGUGCUGGGGGUCAUGUGCCGGCAUCUCUGGCAGGGUUCAGGGAAAUUAUCUGUAAACUGUUCUAAGAGCAGUACAGCUAAAUACGGUGGCUUUCUUCACAGUACAAGUAUGAAGUGGGUACAGUUUUCAAAACUACACGUUGAUGUUCCUAAGGAUUUGACCAAGCCUACGAUAACCAUUUCUGAUGAACCAGACACGUUAUAUAAGCACCUGUCAGUUUUAGUAAAAGGCCAUGACAAGGCUGUAUUGGACAGUUACGAAUAUUUUGCUGUACUUGCUGCUAAAGAACUUGGUAUCUCUAUUAAAGUACAUGAACCUCCAAAGAAAAUAGAGCGAUUUACUCUUCUCAAAUCAGUGCAUAUUUUCAAGAAGCACAGAGUUCAGUAUGAAAUGAGAACUCUUUACAGAUGUUUCGAGUUAGAACAUCUAACUGGAAGUACAGCAGACGUUUACUUGGAAUAUAUUCAGCGAAACUUACCUGAAGGAGUUGCCAUGGAAGUCACAAAGACAAAAUUAGAACGGUUACCGGAACACAUAAAGGAGCCAAUCUGGGAAACGAUACCAGAGAAAGAAGAAAACAAGUCAUAAAAUCUCAGAGGGACCACUUGUGCUAGCCUUUGAAAUGAGGGUGGGCCAGACAUGUAUGUUGAAUGGAGAGUAUUUCAGUCAAGAUGCUUUUGAGCACACCCGACUGCUCUGUUGAUGCCACAUGCCCUGAUCAGUGGAAAAGCAGGGAGUGGAACUUGAAUGAUACACUGGACUGUAAUGAAAGAACCACUUUAUCUUCUCUUUUACACUUGCCAUUGUUUCAGUUCUGAUUUUAACAAGUGUAAGCAACCCAUUUUGUCUUGUUACACACCAGAAAACUUAUAUUUUGUUUGUUAUUCUGCUGUUCAAUUACCAGUUCAUACUGAUUUUAACCUAUAUCAUUUCAUUCAUCUGAAAGUAUUGAAAAUAUUCCUCAUACACAUUUUUUUUCUUUUACACUACCUAGGAGGAACCUUUGGUUAAUACAACACUAAGCAGUUAAAGUUUUGGUAUUUACCUUAGUGAAGGCUAGCAUAUGCUGGUUUGGGCCUGUGAGCUCCAAAUUUUACCUCAUGUAGACAUUACAUUCUUGAAAAUGAAUAUACUUUGCAGCAGUUCAAGUACAUUAGUGGCGUGCACUGAACUCUUCUUGGAGCCCAGACCCUGACAGGGCUGCCUGGAAGUGUCGCUGUAUUGGAAUUUGAGCUCAAGAUAAUACUACUUGUAUCAUUUGAUUCGUCCUGUGGUUCAUUCAACAAGCUUUUAUUUUGUUAACUUUGCUCCCACGACUAUAGUAAAUACGAAAAAUUAAAUAGAAUUAAUAGCUUUUGAAAAUUUAACAAGACACAGGUAAAUAUUUUUCCUUAUUAAGUUCCACAUCGUUUAGAAGGCCUCUUUCUUUUGGUAAAUGGCACUCUUUUUGUUUGGAGAUGUCUACUUUUCCAUGAAAUUAAAUAGUAGUUGAAGCCCUGAAAGAGGCAAGACUUCAAUGGGCUGAAACUGUGUGUAUCAGCCCCAAGGGAGUGAUUUGUUUCCUUUUCACAGAAGAAUCAGGUCCAUGUCUUUUGUGGUUUCCUUCUCAUCUUUGGGGUAGUUAUGACUUCUCAGCUUUUCCCCCGUUAAGCUGGAGUCCCUGUUCUCUUUUCCUGACCCGCUAUCAGGUAUCAGUGUUUUGAAUACAUACUGCUAAUGUAUCAGACUUCCAUUACUGUCAUUAACUUGAGAAGAAUUACAGCCUGGUGCCCCAUGA